GCUCCUCUCUCCUCCCCUCCCCUCUCCGCAUCUCACCUCCCGAUAAGAAGAGAGAAGCUCCUCCAGUCCUCCUCCUUCCCGCACCUCCCGCCUCGGCUCCUCUUCUCGGCGGGAACCAGCGAGCUCCGAUUCGAGUGCUCCCGCACGCCGUGGGAGGCCGCGCGGAGUCGAGGAGAGGAGAGGCGCGCGGAGCUGCUACCGCCGCCGCCGCAGGAGGAGGAGGAGGAGGGGCGGCGAAGGAAGAGGAGCCGUAUCUAUCCCGCCCACGCCGGACCGAUGGACUCGGAGCACUGGAUCUCGCGCCUGGCCGCCGCGAAGCGCUUCUACGCGGCGCAGCUCGGACACAGCGAUCGGGCGGGGAUGGAGGAGCUGGACAUGGACGAGGAGGUGAGGCCCGAGUUCGCCUGCCCCUUCUGCUACGAGGACCACGACGUCGCCUCCCUCUGCGCGCACCUCGAGGAGGAACACCCGUUCGAGCCCCACGCCGCGGCUUGUCCUGUUUGCUCUGAGAUGGUUACAAGGGAUAUGGUUAACCAUAUUACUAUGCAACAUGGAUACUUGUUCAAGAAUCGUCGCCGGUUGCGCAGAUUCAUUAUUCCAGGCAGCCAAGCCCUUUCUUUGCUGAGCCGAGAUCUACGGGAAGCCCAUUUGCAGGUGCUUCUAGGAGGUGGGCAUAGGUCAAGCAACAAUAACACCACCACAAAUAUCUCAGCUGACCCUCUUCUGUCAUCAUUCGGCCUUAGCUUCCCAACAUCAGAUGCAGAGCAAACAUCAAAGUCAACUAAUUCUGCUCCUGAUGAUGCUACCAUGAUAAAAGAGAUUCCCUCUCAGGCACGGAAGUUAAGUAUCGAUUCAUCCCUCACAAGUGAAGAAAGGGAGCAGAAACGGAAGCAAGCCAGCGUCAGAGCAACUUUUGUGCAGGAUCUGCUGCUCUCUACUCUAUUCGGGGAUUAAUAUCAGGAUGAGCUUAAGUUAUCGCUGGAAGGGUGCUUUCCUGACGCAGAGCUGCGGAUACUAGCCAAGUUGCUGAACGACGUAAUAUCGACAGAACAGGAGCGCUUCCCGGGUGCUAUCCUUCAUCUCUUCCAGUAAGGUGCAGAGUCGAUGUGGGCAUGAUGUAUCUUCUAAGUUACUGUAUUCGGUCUCUAUCUUCGGCAUGUGGUGUACAUGUAAGUCGCGGCUGUACUCGUACCGCUUCUGUGUCCGAACUAUGAAGCAUUGGUUUGUUGUACCAACAUAAUAAUUAUGUUAUGCAACAGCGGAUUGCAAUGCACUGAACUGCACCGUCUGUGUAGGAGCAAUAAACGCGAUGCAAAACUGUCUAGAUUUAGAGGUGAA